AUGAAUGGGCCUGGUGAGACUUGGCCAAGCGCUUUCGCUCGUUUAUCGCCUGCUCAUUCCUGGCAAUUAGCACCUCUGGAGGAUCUAUUUGGAUACUCUUCAAAGGCUGAUGACAAUGACAAUGACAACGAACCUACCAGUUUAUUUGACGAUGAUGAGGGACAACUUAGUCCGGACAGCAGCUCAUUCAAAAUGUCUCCAGUUUGUAGCAACAAUAAGAAUUUACAAGUGUGUAACAGUUCUGUAAAUGAUAAAAACAAUAUUUUAAGGACAUUAGAAAAAAUAAAUACCGUAAAACAGAGUAAAAGUGAGACUGAAUUGAUAGAAUUCCCACAACACACAAGGCCUUUGGACUUGAGAAUGGAUAAUAAAACCAACAGUACUGUUUCUGUCCCGGAAAUACCUGAAACUAAAACUGAGCAACCUUCAGAGGAGAGUAGAAAUAAAGAAUGUGAUUUGAUGAAGACGGUCGAUGAUCCUCCGUCUCCAACGACUCUUCAGUGGGAGAAAGCUGUCGCAGAAGUAAAAGAACACGCAAUUACUAAAUUACAAGAGGAGCUUAAGAGGGCACAUGAAGAACUCAAGCUUAAAGAUGAAGAAGUCACGCGAUUGUCACGCUUCAGACAAGAUGAAGCGCAUAAUAUGGUACGAGAAGCAAAUACUCGUCAAGCAACAGCAGAACGACUGCUAGAAGAAAGUCGUAUGAAGAAUGAAGUCCUAGCCGCUGAGGUGUCAGCAUUAAAAACUCUAGUACUGACGUCAACACCGGCACAACCAAAUCCUCACUUACAUCCGCAAAUUGAUAUACGCUCUAAAUCAUCAGGUGGCUCAGACGACUUACAACUGGGACUAUUUACUAAAAAACAUCGCCGAUCACCGUCGCACUUUAAUCUUAAGUAUGGAAGAGAAAAUUCUCCACCUGAAUCUCCGGUUAAGGAACAAAAAACAUCUCUUCCCAUUGAAAUCCACGCGUCUGAAAAAGACAUCACCGAUCAUCGCGACAUCAACAAAGAAUUCCGCGAGAGAGAUCGUGAUCGCGAUCGUGAUAAGGACAAAGACAAAGAAUGGAAAGAUUUUGGUGUUGAAAUAGAUCCGAUUUUACACUCUGAGUUUUUAAGGUGGAAAGAAAAUCCCUGUAUUGAUAAAAGUGAUGUCUUUAUUGCAAGAGUUUUUCGCGAAGAUAUUGAACUUUGUCUUAGCUUUCCCAAUGAAGAACUUGGGAGUAAAGUUCGACAGGCUGUUUUAGACGGUAUUAUUUUCAUUGAGGCUAUCAGUGAUAAAAGUAAACUUUCUUUUCCAAGAAAAUGCGCUCUCUUAGAAGUACCAAGACAAUGCCUUUAUCGAAUGCGAUUAGGCGAUCAAGAUGUUCAUUACUCUAUUUCCCAACUUUGUCGAAAUCGAAUAAUAGCAGUUUGUGAUUUUUUAAAUUACUUGAGAUAUAUCGAACGUGGAUUGGUAAAAAGUGCAGUUAAUGACAUUUUUUGGGAAAUCACAAGACUAAGAAAAGAAAUGGUAUUAGCACGACUUGGAAUAGCUCUCUCAUCUUAA